AUCGACUUCCUCCCCUGCUUUCACAGGGGUGAUCCCCGUCCACCGAAUCAGUCCUUUUCUAUUCAAUGGCGGUGUGACGUCGGUUCAAAAUUUGGCGAUCGCCUCGAAACUUGACAGCACUUUGCAACGAAAAGGAGGGCAUAGCAGAGUCGGCCACCGUAGUGUCACCGACAGCCCUCUCCACGAGGUGCUCAGAGUCGUCUGCUUAGCGGCGACCGACCCGACAGCAUGCCGCAGAACGAGCACAUCGAGCUCCACCGGCGCCGCUAUGGCUACCGGUUGGAUCACCACGAGCGACUGCGGAAGCGCAAGGGCCGCCAGGUCCACGAAGAUGCGCAGAAAGCCAAGACUGUCCGUGGCCUCAAGGCCAAGAUGCUGACCAAGAAGCGCUACUCGGAGAAGGUGCAGAUGAAGAAGACCCUCAAGAUGCAUGAGGAGAAGCAGACGAAGCAGCGGGGGCCCGAAGCCGCCGCCCAGGGAGCCGUGCCCGUCUACCUGCUGGACAGGGAGAACCAGUCGCGUGCCAAGGUCCUCUCGAACAUGAUCAAGCAGAAGCGGAAAGAGAAGGCGGGCAAGUGGGACGUGCCGGUGCCGAAGGUCCGCGGCGUCGGGGAUGCGGAGGCCUUCCGGGUCCUCAAGACUGGCAAGCGGAAGAAGAAAGCCUGGAAGCGCAUGGUGACGAAAGUGACGUUUGUCGGCGAAGGCUUCACGCGGAAGCCACCCAAGUUCGAGCGCUUCAUCCGCCCGAUGGCGCUGCGCUUCAAGAAGGCGCACGUGACCCACCCCGAACUGAAGGCCACCUUCUACCUGCCGAUCAAUGGGGUGAAGAAGAACCCGAGCUCGCCGCUCUACUCGCAGCUGGGGGUAGUGACUCGGGGCACGGUGCUCGAGGUGAACGUGAGCGAGCUGGGACUGGUGACGCAGGGCGGCAAGGUGGUCUGGGGAAAGUAUGCGCAGGUGACCAACAAUCCGGAGAACGACGGCUGCAUCAACGCCGUCCUCCUCGUCUGACCGUCCAGUUGUGAAGGAAGCAGUCUGCUCGCCGUUUGUGAGAAGCUUUCUGUUCUCACAGUGUACCUUGUCUUGCAGUGGGUCAUGCAGAUCUUUGUGAAAACUCUCACGGGCAAGACCAUCACUCUUGAGGUCGAGCCCAGUGAUACCAUCGAAAAUGUCAAGGCUAAGAUCCAAGACAAGGAGGGCAUCCCCCCUGACCAGCAGCGUCUGAUCUUUGCGGGCAAGCAGCUGGAGGAUGGGCGCACCCUGUCGGACUACAACAUCCAGAAGGAGUCGACCCUACACCUGGUGCUGCGCUUGCGUGGCGGCGCAAAGAAGCGCAAGAAGAAGAACUACACCACUCCCAAGAAGAACAAGCACAAGAAGAAGAAGGUCAAGCUGGCCGUGCUCAAGUUCUACAAGGUGGACGAAAAUGGCAAGAUCACUCGCCUAAGGCGGGAGUGCCCCAGCGACGACUGCGGAGCCGGUGUGUUCAUGGCCGCCCACUUCGACCGGCAGUACUGCGGAAAGUGCUGCCUCACCUACGUGUACAACAAGCCCGACGAGAAGUGAUGGCGCGUCCGCUGGUCAAAAUAAACCGGGGAGAAAACAA